AAAUAAUUCUUCGUCUUUCUCUCUGACUGGUUACUGGUCCCCCCCUCCUACCUCUUACCCCCCCACACACUCUGCUCUUAUCGUUGUCCUGACCGGCCCUAUGCGAAUCCCGACGCCGCUGAUUGAGCCGACCUAUCCGAUUCUCUGCGUCUGAUACAUCUUAUUGGAUCUGUCACCAGUUAGUUGCUCCUCUUCAAGUCGUUCUCGUAUUGACACGAGACAUCAUCACCGUCGUGUCGCCCGUGCUAUGGCGGAUGAUCCGCCCGGCUCUGAAAUCGCCGGCGUCGUGGUCGGAGCGGUGCUACUCUUUGGCGCCAUUAGCUUGGUUCCUAUUCUGAUUAUGUGGCGUCACCGUCGACGAGCGGCGGCGCGAAGAGCCAGUGAAGUGCACCUCCUUCAGGUCAAUGGGUGUAUGCGACAGGUAUCGGUGGAGCGAUGGCUGGAAGAGUUGACCCGAUCAGAAAAUGGGGAACAGCAGCAGCAGCAGCAGCAGCAACAACAACAACAGCUGCGGCACUACGCUCAAGAAACCUGUUCCAUCUGCCUUUCGACUCUUGUAGCACCGUCGUCUUCGCAAGACACGCUACCGUCUUCUCCAGAACCCGCCUGCAUUCGCCCUCAUUCUCGCUCAACCAUCGCUCUCCACAGUCAUGACACGCUUACCCCUGAUGCUGACCCUCCUCCCUCCGUGCUCGAAUCAGAUCGGAUGCGCUACCGCUACCGCGACAACGACCGCAGUGUCCUCGUUCUGAAUCAAUGUAAUCACGCUUUCCACGCUUCCUGUCUUGCGUCAUGGUUCACGUAUGGCCAGUACAAGUGCCCCAUCUGUCAGACCGUGUACUCCCCCACCACUGACCCCGGGUAAAAACUUUUUUUCUUCUCUCAUUUCCCUUCGGGCUCUCUCUCUCUCUCUCUCUCUCUCUCUCUCUUACUCACUUGCUGAUCAUCCAGGAUGGAUGGAUUGCGACAUGGCUGGUUCCAUGGCUUUGCUUGGCGCCUUAAUUCGGGUCUUGGUGCUUUUUCCGUUUUUUUGUUUCGAUCCGGAUCUGAUCU